CUUAUCAACACCGAGAUCGCCGACAUGUUGCCGGUGAAGUUGGAUCGGUCACUUUCCAUUCGAGCCUCGAAUCCAUUCCGUAUGGAAAUCACGCCACUCGGUAAACAGGCCGACAUUAUGCAACUGGGCGAUGAGAUUUCUGGAAGUGCCAUUCAGCCCUGGGAAAACCUGGGAGAGUUGCCGUGGUACCAGCCGGUCCUGGGAGUUCAUUCUCAAGCUAACGUCCUCGCCCAGCACCCGACCGAUGUCUGUGCCGACGGUAAAACACCGCAGCCCCUGAUUGCCACGCGGCGGUAUGGCAACGGCGAAGUGAUUUACAUCGGGUUCAACGAACUUUGGCGGCUCCGCCGUAUUUACGGAGAACGUUACUAUCGCCAGUUUUGGUCGCAGAUCAUUUCUCGUCUUGCUCUGAGUCAUGCAUUGGGGAGCCAGAAGCGUUUUGUUCUCUCGAUGGACCAGCCAGAGUAUCAAGUCGAUGAUCGAGCCCUGCUGACCGUCGAAGCGUACGACGAAAACUUCGAUCCACUCUCAAUCGAUGAUCUGCCAGCGGAAGGGCUUCAAGCACAAGUGUUUCUCGGUAACGAAGCGGCCGUUCAGCCGAUGCAACUGACUCUCAGUGAAUCGCGUCCGGGUCGAUUCGAGGUGCGAUUUCCUGUUUACGAAGCUGGUCGAUAUACCGCACGCGUUACCGACCCGAUCAAUGGCACACCAAGCGAAAUCAGGUUUGACGUCGUCGGAGCUUCCGCCGAACAGCGAAACCCGGCCCGAAAUCUGGCCCUGCAAAAAGCGAUGGCGACUUCGACCGGCGGCCAAUCGUACGAGUUGCCUACGGCAGGCCAGCUUGUUGAUGACAUCCAGUUGGAACCGGUCACGGAAGAGAUUUCACGCAGCUUUCCUAUCUGGGGCACGCCGCUUUGGUUUAUUGUCGUGGUGACCAUGUUGAUGGCGGAAUGGAUUGCCAGAAAGCGAGCGAAUCUGGCAUGA